AUGGCUUCAAAACGUCGCGACUCGCUCGAUGACGUCGAUAUGGAGGGCGAGGACAUCACCGGCGACUACGACCCGCAUGCCUACGACCGGGAUGUCCUGCUCCAGCAAGACUACACGGAGAAGUUAAUACACGACUCUUCUGUUUUGAGAAAAUCUGCGCUGUCGUCGUCGCGGAAAAAGGGAAAGGGGAAGAAGUCUGUUGGAUUCGAUGUGGCAACUAGCGGGUCAUAUCGAAAGCUGAAGGAUGCAGAUAUUAGUCCUGAAGGAGAGAGUGAGAGCGAGGUCGAAUUAGAUGCCGAGUCACAUUUGAAGUAUUUGAAGAAACGGCAACGACGCAAAUCGUGUUUGAAAUCGUGCUGCUUCUUUCUGGUUUGCCUGCUUGUGAUAGGAAUUGUCGGUGCAGCAGGAUACAUUGCAGUCAUCAAGCACAAGUUUGGAAUAUCAAGUCUGAACCCCUUCAGAAACUCGUCCGGUUCAGAAGUAAGUACGACUACGAACUCGACGUCGAAAGCAGUUCUGUCCAACGGCACGCACGACUUUUACCCCACGACCAUCUUCAUUUCAUUGGACGGAUUUCGCCCUGACUAUCUCACUCCUGAGUAUACUCCAACCAUGUGGGAAAUGUACUCUUCCGAGUAUAUGGCGCCGUUCAUGUAUCCUUCCUUCCCAUCCGUGACAUUCCCGAACCACUACACGUUGGUCACCGGCUUGUAUCCGUCUAGUCAUGGAAUUGUUGGCAACACGUUCUAUGAUCCCGACUUGCAAGAGGAGUUCAAUUACCACGACCCCAGCCAUUCUAUACAGUCCAAGUGGUGGGGCGGCGAGCCUCUCUGGGUCACAGCGAGCAAGAGCGGUGUUAGAUCCGCUAUUCACAUGUGGCCCGGAAGCGAGGCUCCAUGGGGAGACUACACUCCUGAGUUCGUCGACAAGUACAAUGGCUCAGAAACUCUUGAUAGAAAGGCGAAGCGAGUUUUGGGAUGGCUGGACAUGGAAGUGGACGAGCGGCCGGAGUUGAUAUUGUGCUACGUACCCACGAUCGACACUCUUGGUCAUAAAUACGGAACCUUGGGACCUGAGAUUGAUUCUGGUCUCAGCCAGGUUGAUUCGUUGAUUGGGUCCAUCUUCCAAGGCAUCGAUGAUCGGAAUCUGUCAUCGGUGGUUAACGUUGUUAUUGUCUCCGACCACGGAAUGGCUUCGACAUCCAACGAUCGUUUGAUAUUUUUGGAUGACCUUAUUGCGCCAGAUAGCGUCGAGCAUACAGAUGGCUGGCCGUUAUUCGGAUUGCGACCGUACUCAUACAACACCACCAACCAAAUAUACAGCGAGAUUGUUGAUUCUAGAGAGGAGAUCAAGACGCUCGGUACCAAUGAGACUGAAGGCCUUGAUCACUGGGAAGUGUACAAGCGCGAUAGCAUGCCUGAGGAGUGGCAUUUUGGCGGGCCUAGUGGUGGAAAGUACCAGGACCGGAUAGCCCCGGUUUGGAUAUUGCCCGAAGCCGGGUGGGCUAUAUCUACCAAAGCCCGAUUUGCUAGGCAAAACUACGAUUUCAAGCCUAAGGGUCUUCAUGGGUUUAACAAUACUCAUCCUCUUAUGCGCGCCCUGUUUCUGGCGUCUGGACCCCAUUUCCCGUCUGGGUUCCAAGCAGAGCCGUUUUAUAACACGGAAGUAUACGACAUCAUCUGCGCAUCAUUGAAUAUCACUGGCGCGGACACAAACGGAACUUUGGGUGGUGAGCCGAACGCGUUGCCGGAUGGAUGGAUGGAUCCCGUGCAGUUCCCUACUUAUAUCCCCAACUACGUUGCAUCCUCCACAUCUUCGUCGGCUGCUCUGCCAUCCGCGACUGCCAACCCCGCCGAAGUUGACGCGGAUAACUCGCUUGAUGGCGGGAGCAGUAUAACCGACGAGGCUGGAAACGAUGACGAAGCUUUGGAUUAUAUCGCAGACAAGUUAGACUCGGUGACGGUCGACAUCAACUCCUGGCUUGACGGCAUGUCUGACGGCGAUAGUGACAACGUUUAA